GACGACGUUUCAUGCUAGCGGGCACGAGCAAGACAACAAACAAUAACUUCCAAGAAAAAUAGAGAAAGAACAUGAAAAUCCCAACGAACGCAUACACAGAUUCUCUCUCAAUUCCUCGUUCAUUCAUCCUUCUCUCAGAGUCAGAUUCAAACAAAGAAAGAUAACUUUGUUUCAAUAAAAAAAUGUCAAAUUCGCACAGCGAUACGAUACCUCUUCACGCGUCGUCCCAAUCGGACAUCGACGAGAUCGAAAAUCUAAUCAACUCCAGUGUCCAAUCCGGCCCUGCAACUGUCCUCCCGGCCCGUCCUCCAAGCCCACCUAGGGCCUCCAUUCCUGUCUCCUCUUCCCCCUUCAUCCAAUCCCACAUUCCUCCCCCGCCGCUCUCCUCAUCAUCGUCCAAUCAGAAGGUGCCGUCUGUCCCUUCCGCCCCUCCUCCUCCUCCACCCGUCGGUAACUCUAGCAGCAUCGUGGCGACGGGUUUCGGUCCCCCGCCCAACACCCUAACAGAGCCCGUUUGGGACACGGUGAAAAGAGAUCUGUCGAGGAUCGUGAGUAACUUGAAGCUGGUGGUGUUUCCCAAUCCAUAUAGAGAAGAUCCAGGAAAGGCUUUGAGAGAUUGGGAUCUGUGGGGUCCUUUCUUCUUCAUUGUCUUCUUGGGGCUCACUCUUUCUUGGUCGGCCUCCGUUAAGAAGUCUGAGGUAUUUGCUGUGGCAUUUGCACUGCUUGCAGCUGGUGCUGUGAUCUUGACAUUGAAUGUACUACUACUGGGUGGGCAUAUCAUUUUUUUCCAGAGUCUGAGUCUUCUAGGUUAUUGUCUAUUCCCUCUGGACAUCGGAGCCUUAAUCUGUAUGUUGAAGGACAAUGUCAUAGUCAAAGUGAUCGUGGUCUGUGUGACAUUGGCCUGGAGCUCAUGGGCCGCCUAUCCUUUCAUGAGUUCAGCUGUUAAUCCGAGGAGAAAAGCUCUUGCACUCUAUCCUGUUUUUCUUAUGUAUGUAUCUGUUGGUUUUCUCAUCAUUGCCAUUGAUUGAAGUUCCUUCCCUUCAGGGGUUCCAAAAGAGUUAUCGAAAAUGAUGUGGAGUUACGUAGAAAUGUCAUGUCGUUACUAUAAUUUUUGAUCUUACACAAUAUCUUUGAAGGCUCAUACGCCAAAUAUGAUAUACUCGCUGUAUCAAAUCAUUUUAUGUUCUACUAUUUCUCACCUUCUCCAUUACUUUUGGUAGUGAUGAUUUAAGGGCUUAGGCUGCAAUGAGGAGUAUUAGCUAUUGAUUUCUUUUUUUUUUAAUCUGAGGUGUCAGUAUUUGAACCUUGAUCACUGGAACUAAAAAUCUAGUACUCUACGGACAGGUCAGGCAUCUGUGGCUAGGUUUGGAGCUUUCAUUUCUUCUUUCUUUUUUAUUUUUCUUUGGGGAAAGGGAUUUCAACCUGUUUCUUCUCUUUUCUGUUUGUUUUUUUUUUUUUUUGGUUGUACUUUUGUCUUCACGUGUGCCAUGCCAUGCCAUAUCGAAGUACUUGAUGUACUAUAAUGUUCACAAAUAAAAGUUCUGAUCCAUCAUCAUUGACCCUAAAACUGGAUUUCCGUCGAAAUAAGGACACAAUG